AUGGCACGUUUUGCGCUCUGGACAGGCUUACAUCUGUUCGCAUGUCCACUGCUUGCAGCAGCACGCGACCCAUCCAUCCUCCAACGCGGUCUCGCUACAAAUGGCCUACUCGCCUCAAGCGGUUCCUACUCCGGGAACGUAGCAAACUGCCCAGGGUACACGCUCGGGUCACUUGUUGAGUCUGACACGGGCCUCACAGCUCAGCUCGCCCUCGCAGGUACCGCUUGUAAUGCGUUCGGACAGGACAUCCAAAAUCUCACUAUUCAAGUGACCUAUGAAACUGAGUCUAGACUUCAUGUCAACAUCUUCGACACUUCCAACCUCCAGUUCACUAUCCCAUCCUCCGUCAUCUCCCGCCCAGACCCUCCUUCCACUUCCUAUGUCAACAGUUCAGACCUGGUGUUUAAUUACGACGCUUCGCCAUUUGCAUUUUGGAUAACCCGUCGUUCUCUCCCCGAUGCAUUCCCCCUCUUCGACACUCGUCAAUCAUCCCUGCCUGCCACGCCUAUUCCCCCAUUCAUGCCGGGUGACAAUAGCACUGCACUGGAUGGGUUCCCACUGGUGUUCGAGGACCAAUACCUCCAGCUAACUUCCUCCCUCCCAUAUGGCACCAACAUCUACGGUCUCGGCGAAGUGAUCGCCUCCAGCGGAUUCAGACGCGACAUUGGCACAGGUGGCGGCGUCGGGACCCUCCAAACCAUGUGGGACAGAGAUGACCCAGACCCUAUCGACGAAAACAUGUACGGCUCACAUCCCAUCUACCUCGAGCACCGCUACAAUGAAACCACCGGAAAGUCGUCCUCGCACGGGGUGAUGCUCUUCAGCUCUUCCGGUGCCGACAUCCUCCUCUCGACCCCGCAGUCAGAGAAGAAUGUGUCAUUGAUCGAGUAUAGACUGGUGGGAGGGGUACUUGAUUUUUAUUUCUUUGCAGGACCGAGUCCGACGGAGGUGAUCGCGCAGUAUUCGGCUGUGACGGGUCUUGCGAAUUGGCAACCUGCGUGGGGUUUCGGGUUUCAUCUAUGUCGAUGGGGUUAUCACAACAUCAGUAUCACACGAGACCAGGUGCUAAGGAUGAGAGAAGCCAAUAUUCCACUCGAGACCCAAUGGAACGACAUCGACCUUUACCACGCUUAUCGUGACUUUACUUCCGACCCUGUCAGUUUCCCAGGGGACGAGAUGAGGGAGUUUAUUGAGGAACUCGCGUCGAAUAACCAGCACUAUAUUCCUAUAGUAGAUGCGGGCGUGGCGAUUUUGAAUAAUGCAACAGACGUUUAUUAUCCCUACUCCCGAGGCUCCGAACUGGAUGUGUUCGUCAAGAACCCGGACGGGUCGGAGUAUAUUGGGCAGGUGUGGCCUGGGUAUACGGUCUUUGGAGAUUGGUUCGCGAACAACACCCAGCAGUGGUGGUCCGAGGCACUUCGCAACUGGAGCAACUAUGGAAUUGAAUUCUCGGGGAUAUGGCUUGAUAUGAACGAGGUUAGCUCGUUUUGUAAUGGUUCUUGCGGGACGGGCGCGAACACAGCAGACACUGGCGUACCUAUUGAAAUCCCAGGACAGCCUGGUAAUCUCGUCACUGGUUAUCCUGAGUGCUACAACUCCACGCUCUCAGGCCCGAGUGGUAACAUGACUAUUAACGGGACAUUGACGUAUGCCUGUGGUAUAGCUGGUGCCGAAGGUGCUCUUGCCAAGCGUGGGAUUGGCGCUGGUGAGGAAACAGGUGUGAACCUCAACGACCCGCCCUACGCAAUUCACAACAGCUUUGGCCCCUUGUGGGUGAAGACUCUCGCUACAAACGCGACGCAUGCGGGUGGCUAUGUUGAGCUUGACGUGCAUAAUAUGUGGGGGAUGAUGGAGGAGAAGGCGACGCAUGCAGCUGUGUCGGAGAUCCGUGCUGGGGAACGACCAUUCUUGAUCUCGCGCUCGACGUUCCCAUCGUCUGGGCGGUGGUCGGGCCAUUGGCUCGGAGACAAUUUUAGCAAGUGGCAAUAUAUGUACUAUAACAUCCAGGGUGUCCUGCAGUUCCAGAUCUACCAAAUCCCGUUUGUAGGCGCAGAUACUUGUGGAUUCCAGGAUAACACAGACGAAGAACUCUGCAACCGAUGGAUGCAGAUGUCAGCGUUUGUGCCAUUCUAUAGAAACCAUAAUACGCUUGGAGCGUUAUCGCAGGAGCCUUACCGCUGGCCUAGCGUGGCAAAUGCAUCCCGAAUUGCUAUUGCGGCACGUUACUCGAUGUUACCAUACUGGUUGACGCUGUUCGCCAACGUAUCCACGAUCGGGACUCCACCCGUCAGAGCCCUGUUCUAUGAAUUCCCUGACGAGCCGGAGCUCUUUGAGGUGGACAGGCAGUUCAUGGUAGGCCCUGAUAUUCUUGUCACCCCCGUCUUGACACCCAAUGCUACUACAGUGGAUGGAAUCUUCCCUGGCCGUGGAACUGUCGUGUGGAGAGACUGGUGGACGCAUGAUGUGGUGAACGCGACUGUGGGCGGGAACACCACUCUCUCUGCACCGCUGAGUCACAUCAAUGUCCACAUCCGCGACCACUCAGCCCUCCUCCUCCACGCCGAGCCUGCUUACACGAUCGCAGAAACGCGCGCAGGCCCCUAUGCGCUCCUCAUUUCACUUGACACCGCUGGCACCGCGUUCGGAAACGCCUACGUUGACGAUGGUAUCAGCUCGCCGCCUGGUCCAAGCACAGUCUUGACGUUCACGGUUGCAAAUGGAGAGCUGAAUGUGAAGAGUGAGGGUGCGUGGGCGAUUGAGCAGAUGUUAGAGGAGAUUACUCCGACGGAGGUGACGUUGGGUGGGGCACCUGUUGAAGGGUGGACGUAUGACGAGGGCCAGGAAGGAUUGACUUUUUCUAAUAUUAGCGUGGAUUUGAAUGAGAGUUCGAUGUUGGCGUGGAAGUGAGGAGCAAGUGUAACUGGUUGGAUUUUUUAGUCGAUCUAUAGUGCUAUACAAUGUUUUC